CUUUUGGAAAUGAAAUGAAGGGUGACCCGACCUCUCUCAGGUCCUCCAUGAUUCUAUCCCCAUGGCUUUCCCUCACGCCGGUGGUGGCUAGUACUUCCCUCCUACGACGACUACCAUAUUCAGAGUUUCGUCCUCUCUCCUCUACCACUUAUUGUCGUCGUUGGUUGAGAUCCAUCCCUUGUCUCAAUAGCAAAUCCACACAAGAAACUACCCAGCUCAUUGAACAGUUGGAGAAAGAACAAGGGUUCUCGGUUUUGACAUCUGAUAUUCCAUGGGAUGACAAUAACGUAUGGAGCACAUUUGCUCUUUACAUGUUCUGCCUUCACAUUCCUCUCAGUUUUGGUGGUUUAUCCAUCCUUGCUCGCUUCCUCCACCACCCUCUUCUCGACGAUCCUCAGACCCAAGUGCUAUCACUUGUGCUUCUCCAAAUGCUCGAACUUUCACUCACCCUCUUCCUUCUGAGGACCACCGCCAAGCCUCAAUGCAAAUCAAUCAACUUUCUAAUGGCUACUACUAAUGACUCGAAUGAGGGGAGAAACUGGGUGGUUGGAUCAGCAUUGGGUUUGGGAAUCCUUGUGUGCUUUAUCUUCCUCACAUCAUUUGUAGCUGAUCUACUCUUUGCUUCUCAGGAUGUGCACAACUCAGAAUUGGAGAAGAUAAUUGAAAGCGGGGAUGUGUCGAAAAUCGGGUGUUUUGUUCUUUACUGUGUUGUAGCUCCCAUUCUUGAGGAGAUUGUGUACAGACGAUUUCUACUGAGCUCCUUAGCGUCGAGAAUGGAAUGGAGGAAGGCUCUUGUGAUCAGCUCAGGAGUUUUUGCAGCAUCUCACUUCUCUGGUGAGGAUUUUUUGCAGCUGUUUGGGAUAGGAUGCGUUCUUGGGGGAUGUUACAGCUGGUCAGGAAAUUUAGCCUCGUCGGUGGUCGUCCACUCCUUGUACAAUGCAUUUACACUCCUCCUUGCGCUAUAUUCUUAGCCACACCCCCCAAGAUGAGAGAGAGAGGUGGGGCCAUUUCCCUUGUCAGUUACGUCAUGGAAUCUCUUCUUUUUUUUUGUAAAGAAGACAGCGUAUAAACCGUGUGUGUGUUAUGCUUAAAGAGAGAAUCUUGAUCCCUUUUCAAAUUAAUAAAGUGUAUUGAUUAGUGGUGG